AUGGAGGGCGCGCUGAAGCGAGCUCUGGGCACCGCAGUGCUGCGGCCGACCGGGCACUCGGGCGGCGGCUGCAUCAGCCAGGGCCGGAGCUACGACACGGACCCCGGCCUGGUGUUCGUGAAGAGCAGCUGCGCGGGGGAGGUCGGAAGAAUGUUUCUGGGAGAAAUGGCAAGUUUGGAAGCCAUCCUGAAAAGGCAGACAGUAAGAAUGCCUAAAGCCAUCAAGGUUGUAGAACUGCCUGAAGACAAUACUGCGCUGGUGAUGGAACAUUUGGAAAUGAAGAGCUUAAAUAGUUAUUCAGCACUGCUUGGAACUCAGCUGGCUGAUCUUCACCUCCAUAACCAGCAACUUCAAAAGAAGAUGAAGGAAGAAGGGAGCACAGUUGGUAAAGGACAAGGGCAAAUGGAAGUCCAGUCUGUGGAUCGGUUUGGCUUUCAUACAGUUACCUUCUGUGGUUAUCUUCCACAGGUGAACAACUGGCACAGUGACUAGGUGAGUUUCUUUGCCAGACAAAGGAUCCAGCCCCAGAUGGACCUGACUGAAAGAAGCUCAGGAGACAGGGAAGCAAGGGAACUUUGGGCACAGCUUCAGGUACAAGCAACUCAAGUUUUCAGGGAUUAAAAAAUUGUUCCUUCACUCCUGCACGGGGAUCUCUGGGGAGGAAAUGUAGCUGAGGAUGAUUCUGGUCCAAUUAUCUUUGAUCCAGCUUCUUUCUGCGGCCAUUCAGAGUAUGAUCGUGCAGUAGCUGGGAUGUUUGGUGGCUUCAGCAGCUUUUUCUAUUCUGCUUAUCACAGUAAAAUCCCCAGAGCUGCAGGGUUUGAGAAACGCCUGAAACUUUAUCAGCUGUUCCACUACAUGAACCAUUGGAACCAUUUUGGUUCAGGGUACAGAGGGUCUGCUAUGAACAUUAUGAGAAACCUUGUAAAGUAA